AUGUCAACCACCACCGGCCCCAAUACCAUCCCCAGCCCCAGCACCAGCACCACAUUCACCGCCACCUGCCACUGCGCCUCCUUCAACCACACCCUCACGCUUCCCACCUCCGCCUUCCCCCUCAAAUCCGCCCUCUGCCACUGCACCUCCUGCCGGCACGUCACCGGCCAUCUCUUCGCCACCUUCGCCGUCAUCCCCGGCCCCCUACCCUCCGCCUCACUGCUCACGCACCUCACCAAAUACCCCUCGUCGGAACUGCUGGACCGCUAUUUCUGCCCCGUCUGCGGCGCGAGCGUCUUGAAUGUCGAUAGGCGGGAGGGCGAGUGGGAGCUGUGCACGGGCGUGAUGGAGUUUGAGGAGCUAGAGGCAGAGAAGGGGAGGGGCGCGCUGGAUGGCCGGCUGAAUCGUGUGUUGUUGUUUGUGGAGGAUACGGGGGAUGGGGGUGCGGUGCAGUGGUUGGGGGAGGGGAGGGCGGAGGCGUUUGGGGGGAGGUUCAUGCGGGGGAGGGGGAGCGAGGUUGUGACGGAGCAGGGGAUUCAGGCGUUGCUGGAGCAAGGGAGGAGCGUUGAGGAGAGGGGUGAGGUGCUGGAUGGGAGGUGUCAUUGUGGGGAUGUGAAGGUGGAUUUGUUGCAGCUUGAAGAGGGGACGGCCACCGAGAGGGAUAUGUCAGCGGAGUUCUGCUGCUGUACCUCGUGUCGGAAGACCAGCGGCUUCGAGGUCAACGCCUGGGCGCAUUGGCCGAAGGAGAAAGUGAGGAUGGCGAGCGGGGAUUCGUACGAGGCCGGCAUGAAAGAGAUGGGGCAUUACCUGUCCUCCAAGGAUACGCAUCGAUAUUUCUGCAAGCGGUGCGGAGCCACGGUGUUUUAUGACCGGCCUGAUCUGAAGCGGCUGGAUAUAGCUCUAGGCCUGUUCAACGCGCCUGAAGGCUCGAGGGCAGAGAACUGGUUCACUUGGAAUCCGGAUAAGGAAGAUGUGGCCUACCUACAGGAUGCCAUCGACAAGGAGUUUGUGGGUAUGCUGGCCAAUGGGGUAGGCUCAACGACACGGCAAAAGGGCGAGAAACGUGUUGUUUCAUAG